GUAGCGAGGAGGGAGGAAGAGGAAGAUGAGGAAGGUUAAGAAGCAGAACCAAGGGAUGAGUCUGUGUUGGGAGGGGGUGGGCCGGCAGCUCCUCCCAUAAUUAAGUUAUCGAGCAGUGCUGGAGGUCCGUGUUUACAGCUUGCUGGCACUCUCCAUUCGGCGGACGGACGACAGCGAGCGCGCUCACUCUUUUCUCGCAAGUCAUCUUUGGGUGCCACCGGAGCCGAGGACAUCCCCGCCAUCCCUCCAUCGGUCCCGCCUCGGCAGGCCUAUAGGAGCCGGUCUUCGCCAUCAUGUGCGACUGUUUCCACCUGGCCUUCCCGAACUGGCACGCCGCCCCUUCAGGGACAGGAACUCGUCGCAGGCUGAGAGGACCAGAACUCCCCUCAGAGGACCAUUCAGCAUGUGACGAGCCAUCACAUUUCAACGAAGGAGAGAGACCGCGCCCUCAAGGAUCGUCCCCUGUUGAAGAACAUCCAGAAAAUGAGAAAUACAGCGACAGUGACAAAGAGUGUGAGCAUGAGCCACACCAGAAGGGAGGGAGAGGAAAGAAGACUAAAAAGUCUGGCUUUAGGUGCGGAUUUGACCGGCGCUCAACACCAAAGAUGAGCAAACUGAAGGAAGCGUACAGCCCAGAGUCAGGAGUGAUAGUGAAAACAGCUAAUGAUGGUUGUGCAGAAGGUCUUGUCUAUGGCGGGGGAGGAAAAGAAGGAAUCUUCAUUAAGGAAGUAGUACCAGAGUCACCUGCCUAUAAAAAUCUACAAUUGAAAGAAGGUGAUCAGAUUCUGAGCGCCACCGUUUAUUUUGACAAUGUGUCAUAUCAGGACGCCAUUCAGAUAAUGGAGCAUGCUCAAGGUUACAAAAUGAAGCUCUGCUUAAAGAGGAAACCAGACAUCACAGACACUGAACCCACGGCUGAAUGUGACAUCAUCCCUGAGGAUGAAACCUUUACUCCAGAGAUGAGAGAGCAUGGGAAAACCAAAAGGCGAGGUGAUGCGCGCAUUUCUUGGCCCAAAUUUCCUUCUUUAAGGAGAGGACGAAAAUCCCGCUUUGCAAGAUCUCACAGUUCGUCAGAGGCUGACGAGCAGAGAAAGUUGGAGUUGAGUCCCACAACAAGCGACACAGAGUCCCCAAUAAAAUCUCAGGAGGCCCUUAAAGGCAAAAAACGGCAUAAGAUGAAGCUUCCAACUCUAACAAAGAGAGGUCGCAUUAGUUCAUCAGAAGAGCAGGACACGGACGCACCAACAGUAACUGAAAGUCACCAAACACAAGAUGCUGUGAAACUGGUUUCACCGGAAAGCCUUCAAAGCCCUUUGGGAGGAAGACCUGAAGUCCAUGGGACAGAAGAUUUGACUCUGAUAGAAGACUGCGAAAAACGAAAAUUGUCUAAACCACAAUCUGUUCAACACAAGGUGGAGCUCUUUGCUAUAGACAGCACUUUGAAAACAACAGAUAUAACGAUGGCUCUGGCAGGCCAAGAGAGCCCUUCUGGACCCCUGUCUCCGGACGGUAAGAAGAAAAAGAAAGAAAGGUCAGAAUUUAAAACAAAAAUCUUAGGGAAGGAUAAAUCACAAAAGAAGGAGACAAAAGCAAAAUCACCCAAAAGGCUAAAAACACUUGGUGCAAGUUUAGAAAGACCAGAUCAAGCCAUUGUUAAGGGGGAAUUGCCAGAUGAAGUGGCCAAUAUUCAAAUAAUUACCAGUGAGAGGAUUGAAGAAACAUCACCUCUCAAAAUCAAAGGAAAAACUAAAAAAAGAACAGUCCUUCCGAAGCGUGAAGACAUUGAGAUUCCCGGUAUGGAGGCUGUGUUGAUAAGGACCAAAGCCAAAGGACCUCAUGAAGAGACACCAGAAAUUGUCCAACUGUCAAUUGAUGUGGACAGAGUAAAAGAGGCAGUUUCAAAGUUACCUGGAUAUAAACUGCCAAAGGUUGAUAUGUGUGGAGUACCUAUCCCUGAAGAAAUUACUGUCAUUGAUGCAAACGCACAAAGAAUAUCAGUAAAAACCCCCACAAAAGUUGCUGACAGCAAAACAAAACAGGACGCACCCAUCAGUAAGUUGGAGGUCACUGCUUCUCAAGAAUUAUCCACAGAUUCAUACAGACUACCAAAGACCAAACUGGGUGAUUUAACAUCAGAAGAAGUCCUAAGUGUGACAACGGUGGACCAAAGCAACACACGAAGCUCAAAAGAUUCUGAGAAGAAAUCAAAGACAGCAAAGAUAGUAUUGCCAAGCAUUGGGUUUUCAAAGUCAGACUUUAGAAUUCCUGAAAUUGGAAUGUAUUUGCCAAAACCAAAUAUUUCUGGCCAAAAUGGUGACGAGGUUAAAGAAGAAAAAACUGUAUUCCUACAAGAAAAGUUGUUCAAAACUGCGGUACGUGAAGACAGCAUACUGAGUUGGGAGACCAAAGCAGAUGUCAAAAAGCAAGAAGCUGAAACCACUGCUGCAGAACUUUCAAGUGAACUUGGAGACACUGGUGAGGGUUUUGCAUACAUUGAUUCAGUUGAUUCACCAGUCGAGAAAGAUCUUGAAGAAAAAGGAAGCCCGUUUACAAUGCUAAAAUUUGAAGUAUCCCUGCCCAAAUUAAGAAGCCCUGAAAUUGAAUUAGGCUUGUCAAAGAAAGAAGUCAAAUCACCUGAUGCUAAAUCAGCAUACACAAAUAUUCCAGAAGAGAAGUCGGUAGUUGGCAUUGCAAGGUCGCCCUUAGAAACUGAAGAGGAAUUAAAAGGAAGGAAGUUUAAAAUGCCUAAUCUUGAUUUCACAAUGCCUGAAAUCGCUGGGCCACAAAUCAAUGUUGACUUUUUCAAGAAAAAUGUGUAUGUAAAAGCGCCAGAACCUGAAUCUCAGGAUGCAAGUCUUGGAAAAGCACAUGCAUCACCACUGCAAGAUAAAAAACCUGAACAAGAAAUGUUACACCCUUAUUCCUGUGUUGAACAAGAAAGCAAAGUUGAGCUUUCAACAUUGAAUGUAAAAGGCCCUGCUAUUAAUUUAUGCUUUUCUAAAGAAGGUGAAUAUGCCACUAUUGCAGAGCCCAAGCUCCAAGUUAAGCUCCCUGAUGUGAAUCUUGGAAAAGCAUCCAUUUUAGUUCAGAAGGAAAAUCCUGACAACAGUGAGGCCAAAGCCGACGCUCAAGUGAAACUUCGAGCAGCGCCAUCGACUCCGAUGAGAAUUAAACCACCUGAAUAUGAAGCAGAAUAUGACGAACAAGGAAUGAAGUUCAAAAUGCCGAAGUUAGGAAUAAAAAUGCCUAAAAUAAAACAUCCAGAAAUUGAAACUGUACCCAAGAAAAAACUAAAUGAUUUAAGCCUUAAAUCAAGUGUUAAGCUCAAGCACCCAGAUGUACCUGAAGCUGAACUUGGAAAAGUGAAUAUCCGCAUUUCAGAGGCAAAAGUAAAAGUUCAAGAACCCGAACUAGAGCUUAAACCUUUGUAUAAUGAAGGUGGACUUGAAGGAAAAGGAAGCAAAUUCAAAAUGCCAAAAUUUGAAGUCUCAAUGCCAAAAGUAAAGGCACCGGAAAUUGAUCUAAAUAUCACAAACAAAGAUAUCACUGCCCCAGGUAAAACAGCUGAAAUAAAACUUCCUGAUGCGGAACUAAAAGAGACUAUUAAAGAUAAUGUUCACCUUCAUCAAGUUGGAUUAAAACAAUCCUCAGGCACAAUGGAAAUAAAAGAUUACGAAACUAAUAUUGAACCAAGUAAUGUUGAGGGUUCACCGUCAAAAUUUAAACUGCCAACAUUUAAGAUACCCAAACUCGGUGUGGCCUUACCAGACGUCAGCGUUGGAGUACUUGAUACGAACAAAGAUGAAGAGGAUGUAAAAUCAAAAGAAUUAAAUAUUGAAGCCACACUACCUGAGGCUGCUAUUGACUUUGAUGUCAAAAUGAAAAGGUCAAAAUUUUCAUUCCCCAAAUUCUCAUUUGCAAAGCAAAGUAACAAAGAAUCUGAAAUUGAUAUUGAUCUCCCAGACGUUGAUAUUUCUAUUCCAGCAGAAAGGUUGGGGAUUACACACCCACAACUGGAGAUUCACCCACCAAAAGUUGAUGUCAAAAUAAGUGGCCAAGAGAGCACGUUUAAAAUGCCAAAGUUUGGAAUUUCAAUGCCAAAAAUAAAAAGUCCUGACAUUGAUAUAAGUUUAUCAAAGAAAGAUGUAGACAUUACACUCCCAGAAGCUGAAGUUGAACUCACAGAUAUUGAAAUGAAACUACCAUCAGCUAAAGUGGAUAUUGAAGCGCCUGAGAUUGACGUUCCUGAAGUGGAAAUCAAAGCUCCUAAAAUUGAAGUUCAACCAGGGGGUGUUGAAGUAUCUCCAUCAAAAUUUAAACGGCCAACAAUGAAAUUACCAAAAUUCUCAUUUAGAAAGCAAAGUAGCCAAGAGUCAGACGAUGAUGUUGGUGCCCCAGAUGUGGAUAUUCCUAUUCUAGAAGGAAGUUUGGAGAUCACCCAACCACAAAUGGAGUUUCACCCGUCAGAAGUUGAUGUCAACAUAAGAAGCCAGGAGAGCAAGUUUAAAAUGCCAAAGUUCGGUAUCUCUCUGCCAAAAAUAAAAAAUCCUGACAUUGAUAUAAGUUUGUCAAAGAAAGAUAGAGAUAUUACAUUCCCAGAAACUGAAGUCGCCGAUAUUGACAUUAAACUACCAUCAGCCAAAGUUGAUAUUGAAGCAACUAAUAUUGAAGUUCAACAAGGAGAUGUUGAAGGAUCUCCAUCAAAAUUCAAACUGCCAACGGUGAAAAUACCUAAAUUGUCAUUUGGAAAGCAAAGUAGCAAAGAAUCUGACAUUGACGUUGGUCUCCCAGAUGUUGAUGUUUCUAAUCCAGAAGGAAAUUUGGAGAUCACGAAACCACAAGUGGAGUUUCACCCACCAGAAGUUGAUGUCAAAAUAAGUGGCCAGGAGAGCAAGUUUAAAAUGCCAAAGUUUGGCAUUUCCAUUCCAAAAAUAAAAAGUCCUGACAUUGAUAUAAGUUUAUCAAAGAAAGAUGGUGAAAUCACAUUCCCAGAAGGUAAAGUUGACCUAAGAGACACGGAAAUUGAAUUACCAUCAGCUAAAGUGGAUAUUGAAGCGCCUGAGAUUGAAGUUCCUGAAGUGGAAAUUGAAGCUCCUAAGAUUGAAGUUCAAACAGGUGGUGUUGAAGGAUCUCCAUCAAAAUUCAAACUGCCAACAAUGAAAUUACCCAAAUUCUCAUUUAGAAAGCAAAGUAGCCAAGAGACAGAUGUUGAGGUUGGUCUCCCAGAUAUUGAUGUUUCUAUUCCAGAAGGAAGUUUGGAGAUCACGAAACCACAAGUGGAGUUUCACCCACCAGAAGUUGAUGUCAAAAUAAGUGGCCAGGAGAGCAAGUUUAAAAUGCCAAAGUUCGGCAUCUCAAUGCCAAAAAUAAAAAGUCCUGACAUUGAUAUAAGUUUGUCAAAGAAAGACAGAGAUAUUACAUACCCAGAAGCUGAAGUCGCCGAUAUUGACAUUAAACUACCAUCAGCUAAAGUUGAUAUUGAAGCGACUAAUGUUGAAGUUCAACCAGGUGAUGUUGAAGGGUCUCCAUCAAAAUUCAAACUGCCAAUGAUAAAAUUACCCAAAUUGUCAUUUAGAAAGCAAAGUAGCAAAGAGUUUGACGUUGACGUUGGUCUCCCAGAUGUUGAUGUUUCUAUUCCAGAAGGAAGUUUGGAGAUCACGCAACCACAAGUGGAGUUUCACCCACCAGAAGUUGAUGUCAAAAUAAGUGGCCAGGAGAGCAAGUUUAAAAUGCCAAAGUUUGGCAUUUCCAUGCCAAAAAUAAAAAGUCCUGAUAUUGAUAUAAGCUUAUCAACGAAAGAUGGAGACAUUACACUACCAGACGCUGAAGUUGAGCUCAGAGAUAUUAAAAUUAAACUACCAUCAGCUAAAGUGGAUAUUGAAGCGCCUGAGAUUGAUGUUCCUGAAGUGGAAAUUGAAACUCCUAAGAUUGAAGUUAAACCAGGUGAUGUCGAAGUAUCUCCAUCAAAAUUCAAACUGCCAACAAUGAAGUUACCCAAAUUGUCAUUUGGAAAGCAAAGUAGCAAAGAGUUUGACGUUGACGUUGGUCUCCCAGAUAAUGAUGUUUCUAUUCCGGAAAGAAGUUUGGAGAUCACGCAACCACAAGUGGAGUUUCACCCACCAGAAGUUGAUGUCAAAAUAAGUGGCCAGGAGAGCAAGUUUAAAAUGCCAAAGUUUGGCAUUUCCAUGCCAAAAAUAAAAAGUCCUGAUAUUGAUAUAAGUUCAUCAAACAAAUAUGGCGAUAUCACACUACCAAAAGCUAAACUUGACCUAAGAGAUACAGAGAUUAAACUACCAUCAGCUAAAGUGGAAAUUGAAGCGCCUGAGAUUGACGUUCCUGAAGUGGAAAUUGAAGCUCCUAAGAUUGAAGUUCAACCAGGGGCUGUUGAAGUAUCUCCAUCAAAAUUCAAACUGCCAACAAUGAAAUUACCCAAAUUUUCAUUUAGAAAGCAAAGUAGCCAAGAGGCAGACGUUGAGGUUGGUCUCCCAGAUGUUGAUAUUUCUAUUCCAGAACAAAGUUUGGAGAUCACUCAACCACAAGUGGAGUUUCACCCACCAGAAGUUGAUGUCAAAAUAAGUGACCAGGAGAGCAAGUUUAAAAUGCCAAACUUUGGCAUUUCCAUGCCAAAAAUAAAAAGUCCUGACAUUGAUAUAAGUUUGUCAAAGAAGGAUAGCGAUAUUACAUUCCCAGAAGCUGAAGUCGCCGAUAUUGACAUUAAACUACCAUCAGUCAAAGUUGAUAUUGAAGCGACUAAUAUUGAAGUUAAACCAGGUGAUGUUGAAGGACCUCCAUCAAAAUUCAAACUGCCAACGAUGAAAUUACCCAAAUUGUCAAUUGGAAAGCAAAGUAGCAAAGAAUUUGAGUUUGACAUUGAUCUCCCAGAUGUUGAUGUUUCUAUUCCAGAAGGAAGUUUGGAGAUCACGCAACCACAAGUGGAGUUUCAGCCACCAGAAGUUGAUGUCAAAAUAAGUGGCCAGGAGAGCAAAUUUAAAAUGCCAAAGUUUGGCAUUUCCAUUCCAAAGAUAAAAAGUCCUGACAUUGAUAUAAGUUUAUCAAAGAAAGAUGGCCAUAUCACAUUCCCAGAAGCUAAAGUUGACCUAAGAGAUACGGAAAUUGAAUUACCAUCAGCUAAAAUGGAUAUUGAAGCGCCUGAGAUUGACGUUCCUAAAGUGGAAAUUGAAGCUCCUAAGAUUGAAGUUCAACCAGGAGGUGUUGAAGUAUCUCCAUCAAAAUUCAAACUGCCAACAAUGAAAUUACCCAAAUUCUCAUUUAGAAAGCAAAGUAGCCAAGAGACAGACGUUGAGGUUGGUCUCCCAGAUGUUGAUGUUUCUAUUCCAGAAGGAAGUUUGGAGAUCACGCAACCAAAUGUGGAGUUUCACCCACCAGAAGUUGAUGUCAAAAUAGGUGACAAGGAGAGCAAGUUUAAAAUGCCAAAAUUUGGCAUUUCCAUUCCAAAAAUAAAAAGUCCUGACAUUGAUAUAAAUUUAUCAAAGAAAUAUGGCGAUAUCACACUCCCAGAAGCUAAAGUUGACCUAAGAGAUACAGAAAUUAAACUACCAUCAGCUAAAGUGGAAAUUGAAGCGCCUGAGAUUGACGUUCCUGAAGUGGAAAUUGAAGCUCCUAAGAUUGAAGUUCAACCAGGGGGUGUUGAAGUAUCUCCAUCAAAAUUCAAACUGCCAACAAUGAAAUUACCCAAAUUCUCAUUUAGAAAGCAAAGUAGCCAAGAGACAGACGUUGAGGUUGGUCUCCCAGAUGUUGAUGUUUCUAUUCCAGAAGGAAGUUUGGAGAUCACUCAACCACAAGUGGAGUUUCACCCACCAGAGGUUGAUGUCAAAAUAAGUGGCCAGGAGAGCAAGUUUAAAAUGCCAAAGUUUGGCAUUUCCAUGCCAAAAAUAAAAAGUCCUGACAUUGAUAUAAGUUUGUCAAAGAAGGAUAGAGAUAUUACAUUCCCAGAAGCUGAAGUCGCUGAUAUUGACAUUAAACUACCAUCAGCAAAAGUUGAUAUUGAAGCGACUAAUAUUGAAGUUAAACCAGGUGAUGUUGAAGGAUCUCCAUCAAAAUUCAAACUGCCAACGAUGAAAUUACCCAAAUUGUCAUUUGGAAAGCAAAGUAGCAAAGAAUUUGGCGUUGACAUUGGUCUCCCAGAUGUUGAUGUUUCUAUUCCAGAGGGAAGUUUGGAGAUCACACAACCACAAGUGGAGUUUCAGCCACCAGAAGUUGAUGUCAAAAUAAGUGGCCAGGAGAGCAAAUUUAAAAUGCCAAAGUUUGGCAUUUCCAUUCCAAAGAUAAAAAGUCCUGAUAUUGAUAUAAGUUUAUCAAAGAAAGAUGGCCAUAUCACAUUCCCAGAAGCUAAAGUUGACCUAAGAGAUACAGAAAUUGAAUUACCAUCAGCUAAAGUGGAAAUUGAAGCGCCUGAGAUUGACAUUCCUGAAGUGGAAAUUGAAGCUCCUAAGAUUGAAGUUCAAGCAGGGGGUGUUGAAGUAUCUCCAUCAAAAUUCAAACUGCCAACAAUGAAAUUCCCCAAAUUCUCAUUUAGAAAGCAAAGUAGCCAGGAGACUGACGUUGAGGUUGGUCUCCCAGAUGUUGAUGUUUCUAUUCCAGAAGGAAGUUUGGAGAUCACGCAACCACAAGUGGAGUUUCACCCACCAGAAGUUGAUGUCAAAAUAGGUGACCAGGAGAGCAAGUUUAAAAUGCCAAAGUUUGGCAUUUCCAUUCCAAAAAUAAAAAGUCCUGACAUUGAUAUAAGUUUAUCAAAGAAAUAUGGCGAUAUCACAUUGCCAGAAGCUAAAGUUGACCUAAAAGAUACAGAAAUGAAACUACCAUCAGCUAAAGUGGAAAUUGAAGCGCCUGAGAUUGACAUUCCUGAAGUGGAAAUUGAAGCUCCUAAGAUUGAAGUUCAAACAGGUGGUGUUGAAGUAUCUCCAUCAAAAUUCAAACUGCCAACAAUGAAAUUCCCCAAAUUCUCAUUUAGAAAGCAAAGUAGCCAGGAGACUGACGUUGAGGUUGGUCUCCCAGAUGUUGAUGUUUCUAUUCCAGAAGGAAGUUUGGAGAUCACUCAACCACAAGUGGAGUUUCACCCACCAGAAGUUGAUGUCAAAAUAAGUGGCCAGGAGAGCAAAUUUAAAAUGCCAAAGUUUGGCAUUUCCAUGCCAAAAAUAAAAAGUCCUGACAUUGAUAUAAGUUUGUCAAAUAAGGAUAGAGAUAUUACAUUCCCAGAAGCUGAAGUCGCCGAUAUUGACAUUAAACUACCAUCAGCCAAAGUUGAUAUUGAAGCGACUAAUAUUGAAGUUAAACCAGGUGAUGUUGAAGGAUCUCCAUCAAAAUUCAAACUACCAACAAUGAAAUUACCCAAAUUGUCAUUUGGAAAGCAAAGUAGCAAAGAGUUUGACGUUGAGGUUGGUCUCCCAGAUGUUGAUGUUUCUAUUCCAGAAGGAAGUUUGGAGAUCACACAACCACAAGUGGAGUUUCAGCCACCAGAAGUUGAUGUCAAAAUAGGUGGCCAGGAGAGCAAAUUUAAAAUGCCAAAGUUUGGCAUUUCCAUUCCAAAGAUAAAAAGUCCCGAUAUUGAUAUAAAUAUAUCAAAGAAAGAUGGCCAUAUCACAUUCCCAGAAGCUAAAAUUGACCUAAGAGAUACAGAAAUUGAAUUACCAUCAGCUAAAGUGGGUAUUGAAGCGCCUGAGAUUGAGGUUCCUGAAGUGGAAAUUGAAGUUCCUAAGAUUGAAGUUCAAGCAGGGGGUGUUGAAGUAUCUCCAUCAAAAUUCAAACUGCCAACAAUGAAAUUACCCAAAUUCUCAUUUAGAAAGCAAAGUAGCCAAGAUACAGACGUUGAGGUUGGUCUCCCAGAAGUUGAUGUUUCUAUUCCAGAAGGAAGUUUGGGGAUCACACAACCACAAGUGGAGUUUCAGCCACCAGAAGUUGAUGUCAAAAUAAGUGGCCAGGAGAGCAAAUUUAAAAUGCCAAAGUUUGGCAUUUCCAUUCCAAAGAUAAAAAGUCCCGAUAUUGAUAUAAAUAUAUCAAAGAAAGAUGGCCAUAUCACAUUCCCAGAAGCUAAAAUUGACCUAAGAGAUACAGAAAUUGAAUUACCAUCAGCUAAAGUGGAUAUUGAAGCGCCUGAGAUUGAGGUUCCUGAAGUGGAAAUUGAAGUUCCUAAGAUUGAAGUUCAACCAGGGGGUGUUGAAGUAUCUCCAUCAAAAUUCAAACUGCCAACAAUGAAAUUACCCAAAUUCUCAUUUAGAAAGCAAAGUAGCCAAGAGACAGACGUUGAGGUUGGUCUCCCAGAUGUUGAUGUUUCUAUUCCAGAAGGAAGUUUGGAGAUCACGCAACCACAAGUGGAGUUUCACCCACCAGAAGUUGAUGUCAAAAUAGGUGACCAGGAGAGCAAGUUUAAAAUGCCCAAGUUUGGCAUUUCCAUUCCAAAAAUAAAAAGUCCUGACAUUGAUAUAAGUUUAUCAAAGAAAUAUGGUGAUAUCACAUUGCCAGAAGCUAAAGUUGACCUAAAAGAUACAGAAAUGAAACUACCAUCAGCUAAAGUGGAAAUUGAAGCGCCUGAGAUUGACGUUCCUGAAGUGGAAAUUGAAGCUCCUAAGAUUGAAGUUCAAACAGGUGGUGUUGAAGUAUCUCCAUCAAAAUUCAAACUGCCAACAAUGAAAUUCCCCAAAUUCUCAUUUAGAAAGCAAAGUAGCCAGGAGACUGACAUUGAGGUUGGUCUCCCAGAUGUUGAUGUUUCUAUUCCAGAAGGAAGUUUGGAGAUCACUCAACCACAAGUGGAGUUUCACCCACCAGAAGUUGAUGUCAAAAUAAGUGGCCAGGAGAGCAAAUUUAAAAUGCCAAAGUUUGGCAUUUCCAUGCCAAAAAUAAAAAGUCCUGACAUUGAUAUAAGUUUGUCAAAGAAGGAUAGAGAUAUUACAUUCCCAGAAGCUGAAGUCGCCGAUAUUGACAUUAAACUACCAUCAGCCAAAGUUGAUAUUGAAGCGACUAAUAUUGAAGUUAAACCAGGUGAUGUUGAAGGAUCUCCAUCAAAAUUCAAACUACCAACGAUGAAAUUACCCAAAUUGUCAUUUGGAAAGCAAAGUAGUAAAGAAUUUGACGUUGACAUUGGUCUCCCAGAUGUUGAUGUUUCUAUUCCAGAAGGAAGUUUGGAGAUCACACAACCACAAGUGGAGUUUCAGCCACCAGAAGUUGAUGUCAAAAUAAGUGGCCAGGAGAGCAAAUUUAAAAUGCCAAAGUUUGGCAUUUCCAUUCCAAAGAUAAAAAGUCCUGAUAUUGAUAUAAGUUUAUCAAAGAAAGAUGGCCAUAUCACAUUCCCAGAAGCUAAAGUUGACCUAAGACAUACAGAAAUUGAAUUACCAUCAGCUAAAGUGGAUAUUGAAACGCCUGAGAUUGACGUUCCUGAAGUGGAAAUUGAAGCUCCUAAGAUUGAAGUUCAACCAGGGGGUGUUGAAGUAUCUCCAUCAAAAUUCAAACUGCCAACAAUGAAAUUACCCAAAUUUUCAUUUAGGAAGCAAAGUAGCCAAGAGACAGACAUUGAGGUUGGUCUCCCAGAUGUUGAUGUUUCUAUUCCAGAGGGAAGUUUGGAGAUCACACAACCACAAGUGGAGUUUCAGCCACCAGAAGUUGAUGUCAAAAUAAGUGGCCAGGAGAGCAAAUUUAAAAUGCCAAAGUUUGGCAUUUCCAUUCCAAAGAUAAAAAGUCCUGAUAUUGAUAUAAGUUUAUCAAAGAAAGAUGGCCAUAUCACAUUCCCAGAAGCUAAAGUUGACCUAAGACAUACAGAAAUUAAAUUACCAUCAGCUAAAGUGGAUAUUGAAACGCCUGAGAUUGACGUUCCUGAAGUGGAAAUUGAAGCUCCUAAGAUUGAAGUUCAACCAGGGGGUGUUGAAGUAUCUCCAUCAAAAUUCAAACUGCCAACAAUGAAAUUACCCAAAUUUUCAUUUAGAAAGCAAAGUAGCCAAGAGACAGACAUUGAGGUUGGUCUCCCAGAUGUUGAUGUUUCUAUUCCAGAGGGAAGUUUGGAGAUCACUCAACCACAAGUGGAGUUUCACCCACCAGAAGUUGAUGUCAAAAUAAGUGGCCAGGAGAGCAAGUUUAAAAUGCCAAAGUUUGGCAUUUCCAUGCCAAAAAUAAAAAGUCCUGAUAUUGAUAUAAGUUUGUCAAAGAAGGAUAGAGAUAUUACAUUACCAGAAGCUGAAGUCACCGAUAUUGACAUUAAACUACCAUCAGCCAAAGUUGAUAUUGAAGCGACUAAUAUUGAAGUUAAACCAGGUGAUGUUGAAGGAUCUCCAUCAAAAUUCAAACUACCAACGAUGAAAUUACCCAAAUUGUCAUUUGGAAAGCAAAGUAGUAAAGAAUUUGACGUUGACAUUGGUCUCCCAGAUGUUGAUGUUUCUAUUCCAGAAGGAAGUUUGGAGAUCACACAACCACAAGUGGAGUUUCAGCCACCAGAAGUUGAUGUCAAAAUAAGUGGCCAGGAGAGCAAAUUUAAAAUGCCAAAGUUUGGCAUUUCCAUUCCAAAGAUAAAAAGUCCUGAUAUUGAUAUAAGUUUAUCAAAGAAAGAUGGCCAUAUCACAUUCCCAGAAGCUAAAGUUGACCUAAGACAUACAGAAAUUGAAUUACCAUCAGCUAAAGUGGAUAUUGAAACGCCUGAGAUUGACGUUCCUGAAGUGGAAAUUGAAGCUCCUAAGAUUGAAGUUCAACCAGGGGGUGUUGAAGUAUCUCCAUCAAAAUUCAAACUGCCAACAAUGAAAUUACCCAAAUUUUCAUUUAGAAAGCAAAGUAGCCAAGAGACAGACAUUGAGGUUGGUCUCCCAGAUGUUGAUGUUUCUAUUCCAGAGGGAAGUUUGGAGAUCACUCAACCACAAGUGGAGUUUCAGCCACCAGAAGUUGAUGUCAAAAUAAGUGGCCAGGAGAGCAAGUUUAAAAUGCCAAAGUUUGGCAUUUCCAUGCCAAAAAUAAAAAGUCCUGACAUUGAUAUAAGUUUGUCAAAGAAGGAUGGAGAUAUUACAUUCCCAGAAGCUGAAGUCGCCGAUAUUGACAUUAAACUACCAUCAGCCAAAGUUGAUAUUGAAGCGACUAAUAUUGAAGUUAAACCAGGUGAUGUUGAAGGAUCUCCAUCAAAAUUCAAACUACCAACGAUGAAAUUACCCAAAUUGUCAUUUGGAAAGCAAAGUAGUAAAGAAUUUGACGUUGACAUUGGUCUCCCAGAUGUUGAUGUUUCUAUUCCAGAAGGAAGUUUGGAGAUCACACAACCACAAGUGGAGUUUCAGCCACCAGAAGUUGAUGUCAAAAUAAGUGGCCAGGAGAGCAAAUUUAAAAUGCCAAAGUUUGGCAUUUCCAUUCCAAAGAUAAAAAGUCCUGAUAUUGAUAUAAGUUUAUCAAAGAAAGAUGGCCAUAUCACAUUCCCAGAAGCUAAAGUUGACCUAAGACAUACAGAAAUUGAAUUACCAUCAGCUAAAGUGGAUAUUGAAACGCCUGAGAUUGACGUUCCUGAAGUGGAAAUUGAAGCUCCUAAGAUUGAAGUUCAACCAGGGGGUGUUGAAGUAUCUCCAUCAAAAUUCAAACUGCCAACAAUGAAAUUACCCAAAUUUUCAUUUAAAAAGCAAAGUAGCCAAGAGACAGACAUUGAGGUUGGUCUCCCAGAUGUUGAUGUUUCUAUUCCAGAGGGAAGUUUGGAGAUCACUCAACCACAAGUGGAGUUUCACCCACCAGAAGUUGAUGUCAAAAUAAGUGGCCAGGAGAGCAAGUUUAAAAUGCCAAAGUUUGGCAUUUCCAUGCCAAAAAUAAAAAGUCCUGAUAUUGAUAUAAGUUUGUCAAAGAAGGAUAGAGAUAUUACAUUACCAGAAGCUGAAGUCACCGAUAUUGACAUUAAACUACCAUCAGCCAAAGUUGAUAUUGAAGCGACUAAUAUUGAAGUCAAACCAGGUGAUGUUGAAGGAUCCCCAUCAAAAUUCAAACUGCCAACGAUGAAAUUACCAAAAUUGUCAUUUGGAAAGCAAAGUAGCAAAGAAUUUGACGUUGACAUUGAUCUCCCAGAUGUUGAUGUUUCUUUUCCAGAAGGAAGUUUGGAGAUCACGCAACCACAAGUGGAGUUUCAACCACCAGAAGUUGAUGUCAAAAUAAGUGGCCAGGAGAGCAAAUUUAAAAUGCCAAAGUUUGGCAUUUCCAUUCCAAAGAUAAAAAGUCCUGAUAUUGAUAUACGUUUAUCAAAGAAAGAUGGCCAUAUGACAUUCCCAGAAGCUAAAGUUGACCUAAGAGAUACAGAAAUUGAAUUACCAUCAGCUAAAGUGGAAAUUGAAGCUCCUAAGAUUGAAGUUCAACCAGGGGGUGUUGAAGUAUCUCCAUCAAAAUUCAAACUGCCAACAAUGAAAUUACCCAAAUUUUCAUUUAGAAAGCAAAGUAGCCAAGAGACAGACAUUGAGGUUGGUCUCCCAGAUGUUGAUGUUUCUAUUCCAGAAGGAAGUUUGGAGAUCACGCAACCACAAGUGCAGUUUCAACCACCAGAAGUUGAUGUCAAAAUAAGUGGCCAGGAGAGCAAAUUUAAAAUGCCAAAGUUUGGCAUUUCCAUUCCAAAGAUAAAAAGUCCUGAUAUUGAUAUAAGUUUAUCAAAGAAAGAUGGCCAUAUCACAUUCCCAGAAGCUAAAGUUGACCUAAGAGAUACGGAAAUUGAAUUACCAUCAGCUAAAGUGGAAAUUGAAGCGCCUGAGAUUGACGUUCCUGAAGUGGAAAUUGAAGCUCCUAAGAUUGAAGUUCAACCAGGGGGUGUUAAAGUAUCUCCAUCAAAAUUUAAACUUCCAACAAUGAAACUACCCAAAUCGUCAUUUGGAAAGCAAAGUAGCAAAGAGUUUGAUGUUGACAUUGGUCUCCCAGAUGUUGAUGUUUGUAUUCCAGAAGGAAGUUUGGAGAUCACGCAACCAAAUGUGGAAUUUCACACACCAGAAGUUGAUGUCAAAAUAGGUGACCAGGAGAGCAAGUUUAAAAUGCCACAGUUUGGCAUUUCCAUUCCAAAAAUAAAAAGUCCUGACAUUGAUAUAAGUUUAUCAAAGAAAUAUGGCGAUAUAACACUCCCAGAAGCUAAAGUUGACCUAAGAGAUACAGAAAUUAAACUACCAUCAGCUAAAGUGGAAAUUGAAGCGCCUGAGAUUGACGUUCCUGAAGUGGAAAUUGAAGCUUCUAAGAUUGAAGUUCAACCAGGGGGUGUUGAAGUAUCUCCAUUAAAAUUCAAACUGCCAACGAUGAAAUUACCCAAAUUGUCAUUCGGAAAGCAAAGUAGCAAAGAAUUUGACGUUGACGUUGGUCUCCCAGAUGUUGAUGUUUCUGUUCCAGAAGGAAGUUUGGAGAUCACGCAACCACAAGUGGAGUUUCACCCACCAGAAGUUGAUGUCAAAAUAAGUGGCCAGGAGAGCAAAUUUAAAAUGCCAAAGUUUGGUAUUUCCAUUCCAAAGAUAAAAAGUCCUGACAUUGAUAUAAGUUUAUCAAAGAAAGAUGGCGAUAUCACAUUCCCAGAAGGUAAAGUUGACCUAAGAGAUACGGAAAUUGAAUUACCAUCAGCUAAAGUGGAAAUUGAAGCGCCUGAGAUUGACGUUCCUGAAAUGGAAAUUGAAGCUCCUAAGAUUGAAGUUCAACCAGGUGAUGUUAAAGUAUCUCCAUCAAAAUUUAAACUUCCAACAAUGAAAUUACCCAAAUUGUCAUUUGGAAAGCAAAGUAGCAAAGACUUUGACGUUGACGUUGGUCUCCCAAAUGUUGAUGUUUCUAUUCCAGAAGGAAGUUUGGUGAUCACGCAACCACAAGUAGAGUUUCACCCACCAGAAGUUGAUGUCAAAGUAGGUGGCCAGGAGAGCAAGUUUAAAAUGCCAAAGUUUGGUAUUUCCAUUCCAAAGAUAAAAAGUCCUGACAUUGAUAUAAGUUUAUCAAAGAAAGAUGGCGAUAUCACAUUCCCAGAAGGUAAAGUUGACCUAAGAGAUACGGAAAUUGAAUUACCAUCAGCUAAAGUGGAAAUUGAAGCGCCUGAGAUUGACGUUCCUGAAAUGGAAAUUGAAGCUCCUAAGAUUGAAGUUCAACCAGGUGAUGUUAAAGUAUCUCCAUCAAAAUUUAAACUUCCAACAAUGAAAUUACCCAAAUUGUCAUUUGGAAAGCAAAGUAGCAAAGACUUUGACGUUGACGUUGGUCUCCCAGAUGUUGAUGUUUCUAUUCCAGAAGGAAGUUUGGAGAUCACGCAACCACAAGUAGAGUUUCACCCACCAGAAGUUGAUGUCAAAGUAGGUGGCCAGGAGAGCAAGUUUAAAAUGCCAAAGUUUAGCAUUUCCAUGCCAAAAAUAAAAAGUCCUGACAUUGAUAUAAGCUUAUCAACGAAAGAUGGCGAUAUCACACUCCCAGGAGCUAAAGUUGACCUUAGAGAUACGGAAAUUAAAUUACCAUCAGCUAAAGUGGAUAUUGAAGCGCCUGAGAUUGACGUUCCUGAAGUGGAAAUUGAAGCGCCUAAGAUUGAAGUUCAGCCAGUUGAUGUUAAAGUAUCUCCAUCAAAAUUUAAACUUCCAACAAUGAAAUUACCCAAAUUGUCAUUUGGAAAGCAAAGUAGCAAAGAGUUUGACGUUGACGUUGGUCUCCCAGAUGUUGAUGUUUCUAUUCCAGAAGGAAGUUUGGAGAUCACGCAACCACAAGUAGAGUUUCACCCACCAGAAGUUGAUGUCAAAGUAGGUGGCCAGGAGAGCAAGUUUAAAAUGCCAAAGUUUGGCAUUUCCAUGCCAAAAAUAAAAAGUCCUGACAUUGAUAUAAGCUUAUCAACGAAAGAUGGCGAUAUCACACUCCCAGGAGCUAAAGUUGACCUUAGAGAUACGGAAAUUAAAUUACCAUCAGCUAAAGUGGAUAUUGAAGCGCCUGAGAUUGACGUUCCUGAAGUGGAAAUUGAAGCGCCUAAGAUUGAAGUUCAGCCAGUUGAUGUUAAAGUAUCUCCAUCAAAAUUUAAACUUCCAACAAUGAAAUUACCCAAAUUGUCAUUUGGAAAGCAAAGUAGCAAAGAGUUUGACGUUGACGUUGGUCUCCCAGAUGUUGAUGUUUCUAUUCCAGAAGGAAGUUUGGAGAUCACACAACCACAAGUAGAGUUUCACCCACCAGAAGUUGAUGUCAAAGUAGGUGGCCAGGAGAGCAAGUUUAAAAUGCCAAAGUUUGGCAUUUCCAUGCCAAAAAUAAAAAGUCCUGACAUUGAUAUAAGCUUAUCAACAAAAGAUGGCGAUAUCACACUCCCAGGAGCUAAAGUUGACCUUAGAGAUACGGAAAUUAAAUUACCAUCAGCUAAAGUGGAUAUUGAAGCGCCUGAGAUUGACGUUCCUGAAGUGGAAAUUGAAGCGCCUAAGAUUGAAGUUCAGCCAGUUGAUGUUAAAGUAUCUCCAUCAAAAUUUAAACUUCCAACAAUGAAAUUACCCAAAUUGUCAUUUGGAAAGCAAAGUAGCAAAGAGUCUGACGUUGAUGUUGCUCUCCCAGAUGUUGAUGGUUCUAUUCCAGAAGGAAGUUUGGAGAUCACGCGACCACAAGUGGAGUUUCACCCAACAAAAGUUGAUGUCAAAAUAGAUGGACAAGAUAGCAAGUUUAAAAUGCCAACGUUUGGCGUUUCCAUUACAAAAAUAAAAAGUCCUGACAUUGAUAUAAGCUUAUCAAAGAAAGAUGGAGAUAUCACACUCCCAGAAGCUGAAUUUGACCUCAGUGAUAUUGAAAUUAAACAACCAUCACCUACAGUGGAAAUUGCAUCUCCUAAAGUUGACGUUCAAAUAAGUAAUGUUGAAGACUCGUCAUCAAAAUUUAAAUUCCCAUCUUUUACAUUACCUAAAUUCGGAGUCUCGCCAUCAAAGAUUAGCGUUGAAGCACCUGGUGUGAGCAAAAACCUUGAAAUUGAUGUCAAACAUGUAGAAAUAUCUGAAGACGAUGCUACAGUCGUUGUUAUAGCACCCAGCACUGAUAUUGAAGGCCUGUCUGCACGAGGGGAACCAGAAGGAUCCAGACACAAGUCAGAUGUUGAUGCUGUAAUCAAAUUAGAGGUCAAAUUAGACGCAUCUAAAGCCAGAGUAACGGAUACUGAAAGUGUCAAAACUGAGAUUGAUGAUGUUAGCCCCACCUCUCCCAGUAAAUUCAAACUUCCAACAUUUAAAAUGCCAAAGAUGGCUUUUUCAAGACAAAAACCAGAAGGAGAAUGUGUUUCCAAAGACACAGAUGAUAAAGACAAUCAACUGGAGAUGAAAGCUGAACUGAAUGGGCACAGUAAAUCCCCACAAGCCACUCCAACACUACUUGGUGAUAUACAAAAGAAUUUUGAAGUUCAAUUUGAUGUUGCAAAAAUAGAAAAAAAGUAUGAACAUCAAGUCGCAUCAAAGAAGGUUCAAGAAGAAGAAAAACUGCAAGGAAAGGAGGUCAAUAUCAGCAAGCAACAAACUACAACAAGUCCUGAAAGGACAGGAUGGUUUAGAUUUCCAACAUUUGGGCUCUCCUCACCUGUGGAACCUGCCAAAACUCCUCAAAAAGAAGACCAGAAGGAUCAGAAGAGCCCAACAGGAGAACAUGAAGAAAUUAGCCUCACCUCUUCUGUCCUAUCGUCCGACGUCUUUGCUGAUUUCAGCUCAACAAUGACUAGUGAGCAUGUUGUCAUGUCCUCAUCAUCUCCAGCCAAGGUCACAGUCAAAUAUUCUGAUCCCAACUUCUCUCCUGAUUUCGAAGAGAUGCACGAUAACAUCCUUACUUCCACCACAAGGUCAGAGCUGAUAAGGAUUGAGCCAAAUUUACCAGAGAAAAUCACCAUCUCGUCAUCUGAGUUCUCGUCUUCAUCUGAAGAAACAGUGAGACUGCCAUCGGGAAAAAUACACGUCUUUACCUCAAAUAUACAUGCACCCCCAGAAGCACAGCGGACCAAGCUUCUUUCCACUGUCCAAACAGCCGGGGAGACCAGCCAGGCUUCUUCGUGGACUGUUGAGAGUUCUCAGAGUAGCACGAGAACUGUAUCACAGAAAAGAAUAAUUCGUGAAACGUCACAUGAAAGCAAAGAGACAGUCGUUAUUACUAAACAAAUCUCAAAAACAUUUGACCCCAAAGAGCUCUUCACUGACGAAACGGCUUCAUCCGUCCAGAGACUCAGAGACUCUGUUCACUCUGAGAAAAUUAGAUUUUUUGACGGUGUUGAGAAGUGAAAUACUUUCAUGAAAAGUGCAAGUGUGGAGCUGCCUAUAUAAAAUGUCCUGGGCCAAGUUACAAAUAAUAACAGAGAGAACAAUUGUGGAGAGAAUGUUUAAUUGAGGGCAGGUAUUAACUUUCACUGUAGCUGCAUGUUUUUUUUGUCUAGAAAAAGACAAGAGUAAUGUUGUCCACAAAGAAAAUGUGACACAACUGUUAAUAAGCUAUGUAUCUAAGUGUCUUAUGACAGUGCCUCCCCAAAUAUGCUUAAACGUGGUACAGAAAAUGUGUAAACGUUUAAGUAUCGCAGUUGUGUUCGAACAUUAGGGGGUGUUAACCAAUGGUGCAUCAUUGUGGGAAGUUAAACAAUGAAAUGGCAAAAAGUAAUGUUUAUGAUGAUUUCUAAAAGAAGAUCAUCGAGACUACAACAGUGCAGUGUAUGGCAUCAAAAAUGUGUGUAUGUUUGUGUGUCUGCUGAGGUGUUCUUGUGGCUCCCGUUCAAUUGUAAAGGAAACAAUAUCAGAAAAAAGUUAUGAUGACAAAAAGUGUACCACUGUAACUAUAUUUUUUAUUAAUAGAUUUGCUUAAAGCCUAAUUUGCUACAGUAAACAUCUAUCAGCAGUACAUUCUCAUUCAGUGUAAAUGAUGACUAAGAUAGUGCCUGUGUAAAUAGCUUUUAAUGACCUCUGGAGCAUCGCCGCAUCAUUUGUAUCCAGACGAUUUCAUGUGCUUUAACGCCAAAUGUUUGCAAGACAUGCACAAUAAAGACACAAUGUAACAAGCCAAUCAAUGUCUGUAAUUGAUGACUUACCAGAGAUUUUUGAAUAUCUGAUAGGCAUUAGGGCAGCACGGUGGAAGAGGGGUUAGUGCAUCUGUCUCACAAUACGAAGGUCCUGAGUAGUCUUGGGUUCAAUCCCGGGCUCGGGAUCUUUCUGUGUGGAGUUUGCAUGUUCUCCCCGUGACUGCGUGGGUUCCCUCCGGGUCCUCCGGCUUCCUCCCACCUCCAAAGACAUGCACCUGGGGAUAAGUUGAUUGGCAACACUAAAUUGGCCCUAGUGUGUGAAUGUGAGUGUGAAUGUUGUCUGUCUAUCUGUGUUGGCCCUGCGAUGAGGGGGCGACUUGUCCAGGGUGUACCCCGCCUUCCGCCCGAUUG